AUGAGCCCCCCAAUUCUACUCGACGAGGAAGAGGAAGGACUUUCUUCAGUUAUUGACAUCGAUGACAUAUUUGCACAACAAACGAAUGCGUUUAUCGUUGACACAAAAGACAAAGCAAAAAAGAAUUUACUCGAAAACGACACAUACCCACUUUGGCUUGGGCAGGCUCAAUACCAAAAAGUGUCACCAUAUACCAACUUAAACUUAAUUGAUACAAAACACACAGACCGUAAUAAACGUCCAAUCAUUUUGGUUCAACCACAAAAUGAGCUCCACGACGUCCACACAAGCGAAGAAAGAAUACGUCAAUUGUACUAUUACUUGAUCUCUAAAUUGGAUUCCUUUGUCAACAGCGAAUACACAAUCGUCUAUAUCGACAAAAACGAUACUCUGCCCCUACACUUGGUCAAAGCACUGUAUCGACUCUUUCCAGAAAAGUACCACAAAAACCUUUACAAAAUCUAUUUAAUACUUAACCCAUCAAUUAAACUGAAAAUCACUACAUCGUUCCUAUUAAAAAAAUCAUACGAUAAAAUAGUCAUUGUAAAGGACCUUUUUGAUGUUUUUGAGACGAUUCCAGUUGGGGUAUUGACAUUCCCAAAGUGGGUCAUCACAGAAUAUACAAAAGUUUCUCAUCCUGUUUUUGGACUCAAUUUGCACGACUCAAAUCAGCACAACAACAGAGGAGUUUCUGAACUUCCAAUUGUCAUGGAAUGCGCAAUCCAAUAUUUCUCGGCAAAUCCAGUCGCACUGACAACUGAAGGUAUUUUUAGGUUAAGUGGAAAUAAAGAUAGAGUCGAUUAUUAUGUUGACGCAUUCAACCAUUGCAGAGUCUUUGUGUUCCCUAUUGAGGAAGACCCUCAUGUGGUCUGCUCAGUCAUGAAGACGUUUUUGCAGUCAAUGCCAAACCCCAUUUUGACUCCAGACGUUGGAGAAGAAAUUGUGACUCUUUUUUCAAAUACGAAUCAAGAUGACGACAUUUCACUGGAAAUUGGAAGACUCUUCUUGAUGACGCCAAUUGAAAAUCGAAGGCUUUUACUUGCACUUGUAAACUUAGCCCGACUUGUUGCUGAUCAUAGCGAUGUCAAUAGAAUGGAUGUUGUUAACUUGGGCAACAUCUUUGGCCCUUGUGUGUAUUGGAAGGACUAUUCCAUCAAAUCAAUUAACGACGUGCGCUGUAUCAAUGCGUUCUUUUCGUAUCUGAUAAAAAACGUUGGCGACUACGUUGACGCGAUGCUUGAGACGUAUCAGGUGAAAUAG